CGGGGUUCUGCGCGGACUGAGCGCUCCGGCCGCAAUGGGUCCGCAACUAGCCCUCCUGAUGGCGGCGCUGGCCGGGUGCCUGCUUCCUGCCGGGGGCUGUCUCAUAUGUGCUACAAGGGUCACAGAGGCGCUAAAAUUCUUGGAGCUGGAUUACCUGCCUGGCCACCUGGCGCUCGAGCGUCGCCAAAGCUUGAUGCAAAGGAUAAAACAAGCCGUGGUGGAUUUCAAGGAACUGCCAAUUGACGAGGAUUCCUAUAUGGGGGUUGUCGAUGAGCCAACACUGGAAAAGGCAGCCUGGAGUUUUGUGAAGGAUCUGACCCGUAUCACGGAGAGCAAUGUAAGAGGUGAGCUGCUCGUGAAGGAGCUGUACUGGAUGUUGCACCUGCAGAAGGAUAUCUUUGCCCGCUUUGCAGCUCAGUUCCAAAAAGAGGCUUUUUGUCCCAACAAAUGUGGUACGAUGUUGCAGAGUCUGAUCUGGUGCAAUACCUGCCAGAAGCAGGUCCACACCUGUCGAAAGAGCUCUGAUUGCGGGGUGCGCGAAAUCACGGUCCACGAAAUGGAAGACUUGAGGCUGAACUGUGAGCUCAGCUGGCAUCGACUCUCUCAAGGCCUGGCCAGUUACAACUUUUUCAGGGUUUGGGGGACAAAGUCUGAGACCUUGCUGUACACGGGGAAUGAUCACACCCUGACCAAGCCCGCGGUGACUGCAGAGGAUGCCGGUGUCUACCGCUGCAGUUUGGACACUGUGAGCUCCGGCCCAGCCACGAUCAUCCAUUAUCACGUCAGAGUGUUGCCCAGAAAGCCCUUUCAAGAUAUACCGUCAGCUGGGGAGGCCUCAGGCGUUCAUCCUACACCGACACAGUGUCCGAAGUCCGAGAACGUGCUGAGAGGCCGUCUGAUAGCACUGCUCAUCUGGGGCUCUGUGGUGCUGAUAAUCGGCUUUGCGACCGCGAUACUUUGCUUUCGACCUGAGAAAGUGAUCAAUUCCAUCAAGUCCUGGUUUAACAAGAACGAGCCUGCCAAGGAGCCUGUCCAGGAGCCCGCCAAGGAGCCCGCCAAGCCUCCCCAUGUUCCAAAGGAAAAAGCCACACGAUCAGGGCUCAAAUAAAGAUUUAUCUGGUUGUCUAAA